AUGGCGUACCAUGCACCCUUUUUCCCUCUGCUGAGGUGUGCAAGGCCUCUGAUGGAGCAGAUUGCCGGGAACAGCAUCAUCAGCUCCAGCCCAUCAUCAUCAUCAUCAUCAUCAAUUCAUCAUCAUUACUUCCAACAUGUCGAGAAAGAGGAAGAGGAGGAUGAGGAUGAGGAGGAUGAAGAGCCGGUGGUGCACCUGGAGGGCAUGGAGCUGUGGAGGAAGUUCCACCAGAUCGGCACUGAAAUGGUCAUCACAAAGUCAGGGAGGCGGAUGUUUCCUCCGUUGCGUGUGCGCUGCAGUGGUUUGGACCAAAGAGCGAGCUAUGUGCUGCUGAUGGACAUGGUGUCGUCGGAUGGCUGCAGGUACAAGUUUCACCACUCGCGCUGGAUCGUGGCAGGAAAAGCCGACCCAGAGCUGCCCAAGAGCAUGUACGUUCACCCGGACAGCCCGGCCACCGGAGAGCACUGGAUGUCCCGAGUGGUGACGUUUCACAAGCUGAAACUGACCAACAACAUCUCAGACAAACACGGAUUUACCAUUUUGAACUCCAUGCAUAAAUACCAGCCGCGGCUGCACGUGGUGAGAGCCGACGAUCUCCUCAAACUCCCCUACAGUGUGUUUAGGACCUUCAUGUUUCCUGAGACCGAGUUCAUCGCCGUCACCGCGUACCAGAAUGACAAGAUAACGCAGCUGAAAAUCGAUAAUAAUCCGUUCGCAAAGGGAUUCCGGGACACGGGAAACGGGAGGCGGGAGAAAAGAAAACCUGUAAUGCUGCAGUUCAAGGCCAAAGAUAUGGAACAGAAUAAAUCCGGCAGGUCCUCAGACAAUUCGUCUUCUGGUCGUCCCGGCCGUUUCCUCCAAGUUCCAACUGUCGCAACGUCAACAGUGAAAGAUCUUUGCGAGAGCGACCCUGAGAGCGACGCAGACGCGGCGAACUCGAUCCAUCAGACCAAACUCAAAUCCGGAGAAAAAAUCUCCACCACCAGCCGUAAGCCGAAAGACACUCAGCCGAUCCGAGGCAGCCAGACAGAUAAACGAUCCCGGUGCGUUGAGAAGCAGGACAGCAGCUUCUCGCUGGCGUGA